CCUACCAGGGCCGGGCGGAGGCGGGGCCGGGUUUCAGGACUGAGGCCAAUCGCUGCCCUCAGGGCCCCCAGCGCCGGCUUUGGGCAGAGGCGGGCAGAGGCGGGCAGAGGCAGCCAGGGCGCCGGAAGAGGCCUGGAAAUCCACGCGGCUUCCCAAAGACGGCGCCUCUGUUCUGCGGGUUCGUGACGAGGAUUUAUUUCCACCCACUGCGCCUGGGCGCAGGUCUGCGGGUCCGCGCCCACUGCGUGCGGCGCCACGGACCAUGUCGGUGACUGAUCAGGCUUUUGUCACACUGGCCACCGAUGACAUCUACUGCCAGGGCGCCCUGGUCCUGGGGCAGUCACUGAGGAGACACAGGCUGACGAGGAAGCUGGUGGUGUUGAUCACUCCUCAGGUGUCCGUCCAGCCUGCUCAGGUAAGGCUCAGAGAUGCGGCUUGUGCCCAGCUGGGUCCUAUAGAAGGAGGAUCACCUCUCCCCCAAGAGGUCCUAGGAGUUAUUCUGAUGACUGACCACCCUUCUUCACUGGCCUGGAUGGCUGGCAAUCAUGAUGGGCAUCUGACAUUUGUAAUGAACCUUCGAAUCAUGUGAAAAUAUAGGCGUGUGAUCGGCUUCACAAUACUUUAAAAAACAAUACUGGGUAUGGUUACAGUUCAUUCUCCCAACCAUGGAAACUGAAAAUUCAAUUCUUUUUUUUUUUUGCUUUUUGAGACAGGGUCUCGCUCGUCACCCAGGCUUGAGUGCAGUGAUACCGUCUUGGCUCACUGCAACCUCUCCCUCAUGGGCCCAAGUGAUCUUCCCUCCUCAGCCUUCUAAGCAGCUGGGACCACAAGUAUGUGCCCCCAUGCUCGGCUAUUUUUGUUUUUAUUUUUUGCAUUUUUGGUAGAGACAGGGUUUCGCCACGUUGCCUAGGCUGAUCUUGAACUCCUGGACUCAGUCCACCUGGGUUGGCCUCCCGAAGUGCUGGGAUUACAGGCAUGAGCCACGGCGCCCUGCCAAGGAGUCUUU